AUGUAUAACUCUCACAUAGGGAAACAAUCAUCACGUAAAUCACCCAUAUGGAAAAAUCUACAAGGCACUCCUAGACAACCAACAAAUGUAGAGUGUGGCUACUACGUGAUGCGUUUCAUGAGAGAUAUAAUUCAUGAUCUAGCCCUAGCCUUUGAGAAGAAGUUUGACAAGAAAAAGGAACCAGUUGUGUAUACUUAA